AUGGCAUCCUCGUAUGCGAUACUGGGUGCCACUGGCAAUUGCGGCACAGCCCUCCUUGAGCUGCUGCUCAACAACACCAACGUCAAAAUCAAAGCUUAUUGCCGCAACAAGGACAAGCUCUUCCGACUCGUCCCCGCUGCGGCAAACAAUGCUCGGGUCGAGGUCUUUACCGGCAGCAUCCUCGAUGCAGACUUACUCGGGAAAGCCAUGUAUGGCUGCAAAGCCGUCUUUCUGACCGCCACCACAAACGACAACGUGCCCGGCUGCCACAUCAGCCAGGACCUUGCGCAUACGGUCAUCAAGGCGCUCGAACAGAUCAAAUCCGAGGACAAAUCCCCGCCAAUGCCGAGACUGGCAUUGCUCUCCUCGGCCACCAUUGAUCCCUGGAUCAGCCGCAAGAACCCCUGGGUCAACGCCAUUGUCCGCCGCUCCGCAUGGCACGUAUACAGAGACUUGGAGCUCGCCGAGGAGCUCCUCCGACAGCACGAGGACUGGGUCAAAUGCAUUUACAUCAAGCCCGGCGGUCUCUCGGUCGAUGUGCAGCGGGGCCACAAGCUGACGCUCGACGACGAAGAGUCGUUUGUGUCUUACCUUGAUAUCGCGGCUGGCAUGAUUGAGGCCGUCGAGGACCCGGAUGGCAAGUGGGAUAACAAGAAUGUCGGCGUGGUGAAUGCGGGUGGCAAGGCCAAGUUUCCAAAGGGUACCCCCAAGUGCAUCAUCUGUGGCUUGUUGACUUAUUACUUUCCUUUCUUGUAUCCUUACCUGCCGUCGGGUACAGGGCCUGCUUAG